GAGAGCUGAGGCGAGCCUGCGCAGCUGCCGCCGGAAGCGUCCAGCCGCCCCACAAAAUGGCGGCGCCUACAGCUCGCUUAGCGGCACGGCGGCUCUUCCUACCCUGGCGUUCUCGCCUUUUGCGAUCGCCCGGCCCGGGGAACCGGUGUGUACAUGUGGGAGCAGGCAGGUUCAGAGUUUCCAAGGCAGCAACAGAAGUAGUCUUAAAUGUUCCUGAGACUAGGGUGAGUCCUCUGGAAAAUGGCUUGCAAGUAGCUUCUGAAGACUCUGGACUUUCAACAUGCACAGUUGGACUUUGGAUUGAUGCUGGAAGCAGGUAUGAAAAUGAGAAGAACAAUGGAACUGCUCACUUUCUUGAGCAUAUGGCUUUCAAGGGAACAAAAAAGAGAUCUCAGUUAGACCUUGAACUAGAAAUUGAGAACAUGGGAGCUCAUCUGAAUGCCUAUACGUCCAGGGAACAAACAGUGUAUUAUGCAAAGGCUUUUUCAAAAGAUUUGCCAAGAGCUGUGGAAAUUCUUGCUGACAUAAUUCAGAACAGCACCCUGGGAGAAGCAGAGAUCGAGCGUGAGCGAGGAGUUAUACUUAGAGAGAUGCAAGAGGUUGAAACCAAUUUACAGGAAGUUGUCUUUGAUUACCUUCAUGCUACGGCCUAUCAGAAAACAGCCCUAGGAAGGACGAUUUUAGGACCCACAGAAAACAUUAAAUCCAUAAACCGCAAUGACUUGGUGGAGUACAUAACAACACAUUACAAAGGACCCAGAAUAGUCCUGGCCGCUGCUGGAGGGGUCUGUCACGAUGAGCUACUUGACCUAGCCAAAUGCCACUUCGGUAACUUGCCGUCUGCUCCAGAAGGAGGGCUGCCACCCCUGCCGCCCUGUAGCUUCACGGGCAGUGAGAUCCGUAUAAGAGACGACAAGAUGCCCUUGGCGCACUUGGCGAUAGCCGUGGAAGCAGCUGGCUGGGCUGACCCAGAUACGAUCCCCCUUAUGGUAGCAAACACUCUGAUAGGUAACUGGGACCGCUCCUUCGGAGGAGGCGUGCAGAACUUAUCCAGUAAGCUUGCUCAGAUUGCCUGCCAUGGUAACUUGUGUCAUAGUUUCCAGUCCUUCAACACCUGCUACACUGACACGGGGCUGUGGGGCCUCUACAUGGUCUGUGAGCCAUCAACUAUCCAGGACAUGGUACACUUCGUUCAGAGAGAAUGGAUAAGACUUUGCACAAGCGUUACAGAAAAUGAAGUAGCUCGAGCAAAAAAUCUUCUAAAGACAAAUAUGCUGCUACAACUUGAUGGCUCCACCCCAAUCUGUGAAGACAUUGGAAGACAAAUGCUCUGUUAUAAGCGCAGAAUCCCAAUUCCAGAACUUGAAGCAAGGAUUGAAGCUAUUGAUGCCCAGACUAUUAGAGAAGUUUGCACAAAGUACAUCUAUGAUAAGCAUCCUGCUGUUGCUGCUGUGGGUCCAAUUGAACAACUUCCAGAGUAUAACAAAAUCUGCAGUGGCAUGUAUUGGCGUCAUGAGUAGUGAACAAGAACUUCCAGUAUGUUUGAGCUUUAAGAGAAAAAAAAAAACAAAACACUGCUUUUGACUUCAAAAAUGCAUUUGAGAAGAUUAAAACUCAAACACCAACCAUAGUCCUGUGUAUCUGUACAAUUAAGGAGAGAACGAAAACAUGUAUAGUAUUUGCAUUUUUAUUAUAAAACAAAGAUUGUCAGUAAAAGUCAUUUCUUGACUUUAGUAGCAUUCA